UUGCCACUAGUCAGACUGGACAGACCGGUCAGUGCCAUGAAUCCCCUGCUGUCUGUCAGGUUCACCGCUCUGCAGCAGCUCUAUAAGAUGCCACACUGCCCUGCAAACCCAUCACUUGACUCAACCCUGCUCCUUCAUCCUCACAGGACAGUAAGAAGCUGAAGUCAUGUCGGAAAAGAUGGUCGCGACUCAGCCCAGGCCCUUCAUCAUGACCACUGUGUCCAAUGAAUGGACCUCUGGCAUCUGCGAUUGCUUCCAAGACCUGCCCCAGUGUUGCUUCGCCUUUUGGUGUUUUCCCUGCUUCGCCUGUAAGACUUCACACGAGGCCGGAGAGUGUCUAUGUUUACCUCUGCUGGACUCUUUUGGAGUCAUCCCUCCUAUAACCACGGCCCUCAGGGUGUCAGUACGCCAACGAUAUGGCAUUGAGGGUACAAUUUGCAGGGACUGCGUGUACGCCUUCUUCUGCGGGCCCUGCUCCUGGUGCCAAAUAUCAAGAGAAAUCAAAACGAGGACGAAUCCCAUGGCCUUUGUCAGUAACAUGGUCUGAUGAGAACAAAGAUUACAUUUACAAUCCCGUCAUCAUAAUUAACAUUAACGUCAUCACCGUCACGACUGUUGACAUCAAUGCUUUUCAUGCUAUUUGGGAUAAGAGAGGGCUACCACGGCUGAUUUGUGAUCUGUUUCAAGCAAGUCUGCCUCUGAGGAAUGCCACUAAUGUUGCGUCACUUAAUAACAGAAGAAAGAGAUAAGCAGACACUUGGCCUCUGUGACUUCCUGUGAACUAUCAGUGACAGCUAGUGGUGUACUGAUGAUUAUUCUGGUUAAACUCUAACCUACACUAUGUUUUUUUUUUUUCCCGCUCUCUCUCUUCUACCACAACUUCCAAGAUGCUUCUAUACCUUUCGAUUAUUUAUUGGUCCCCAGUAGCGGUUCUUAUCCUUUAGAAGUAUGUAUAUGUUUCUGUAUGGGCUCAUUUUCACUUGUUAGGCAGCAACAGGAGGCAGUGAAACAUAUAGUACAUACAGCUAAAAGAAUAAUACCGUUAAAUAGAGUAAAAACAGCAAAAUAUAUACAGUUACAUACACAACACAACUAAAACAUGUACUGAGUUAUUCACAGUUUAAGCGACUUUUGUAACUGGUUCCAAUACUUUAUUUAUAUAUGACCAAAUACCACAACAAAUGCCAUUCUCAUCAGCCUCAGCUGUACUUUGUGUUUAGUGCUAAUUACUAAUUAGCAAAUGUUAGCAAACUAACAUGCAUUGGUAAACAUGGUAAACACUACCUGCUUAACAUCAGCAUGUCACUGUGAGUGUGUGGGAUGUUAGCUUUUAGCUCAAAGCAGCACUGUGCCUAAGUCAGUGGUUCUCAAACUGUGGGGUGGGCCCCCCUGCAGGAGCACAAAGCAACUGCAGGUGGGGCAUGGAUGAGAAUGUGAAGUGGAGCUACAUUUUCAUGUAGGGAAAACUUAAAUGAAUUUAAAUGAAUUGAAUUCUUAAAUUCAACUUGGAUCAUUUUUUAUAAGUUUUAGUUGCCCUGGCAUCGUUAAUGAUGCCUAAAAAUUGUCUGUUAUGAUGUGUGGACUUUUUCAGAGGGGGGCACGCCAGAAGAAGUUUGAGAACCACUGGCCUGAGCGCAGCCUCACAGAGCUGCUAAAAUGGCUGUAGACUCUUUGUUUUGUUGUUACUUUGACUCAACACUUAUUUCCCUACAGACUUCAUUAUAAGGGUGUGCAGUGAUUUCUUGUCUUGUAUUGGAUUACAAUUAGAAUACUGUGAUUGUUAGAAGAAGUUGUACGAUUUGAUUUUAUUACACAUUUUUAAUAUUUAUGUUCCUUUAAUUCACUUUGUUUUAUUUGCUGGAGCUUUUUUGUGUCAUUCAUAUUCAAGUUUUUUGCAUUUAAAACCUGUUGAACAGGGUAAUAAAACUCUUAUACCACACAGAA